AGUAACUCGAUUUUAAACAUACUUGUUUUCUUCUGCUGGCACCACCAAACAUGUCCACCAAAGUUUUUAUGAGAGAUGCUGCAAAUAACGUGAGCCAAUGUGUGAUGUGGUGAAAAUGAUCCUCGAGGCAUGAAACAGUCCACUCAAAAACAGUUGCUCUCUAUUCUUCUCUCGCUGAGGAAACUCCAAAAACACAGCCCUCCACAUACAUAGAUGAGGACAUGUGACAUGUCGUCCCUAGCCAGAUGACAGCUUUGCCAGCUGUUGGCUGCAAAAACACUAUGCACUUAUCAUGCUUGCUGGGCAUUGGUGGGGGGUUCAGCAGGCCUAUAGAACAUUUGUCCUCCAGGGAGUUCUUUGCCUCCAUAGUUCUGCCCAGUUUGUAUUUCUCCAAAUUCCAUCCAUCCAUUUUCUAUAGAAUAGAUAUAUUACGGUUGUGGGUGAGCUGGAGUCUAUCAGAACUGACUUUGGCAAGAGGUGGAGUACAACUAGACAGGUUCCCAGCCAAUCGCAGGGCAAACAACCAUUCACAGUCACAUUCACACCUAUGGAAAAUUUACAGUCUACAAUGAGCCUAACAUGUUUUCAGAAUGUGGGGCAAAGCAGAGAUUAGAACCCCAAACCUCAGAACUCCAUAAUAGUUUUUUCCAACACCAAUUCAUGCUAGUCUGUCCUAAAUAUGCGUUGUUACAUGAAUUGAUGAAGCCUGCUCGGAUGAAAGGCGAAACGUCUUCGAAGACAACCAGAACAGUCCACUUGAGAGCAAUUCACUGCCCUGAGAAUGAAAUGACCUGGAUGAAUGAAAAUAUUCACAGGCAUCCAUAAUAGCCUUUUUUAUUUUGUUUUAAACUCUACUUUCACAACUAUUUAUUAUUCUAACUGAGCAUUCUUUUUAUUGGAGGAAAAAAAUGAAGUACUGGGUUUGAAUCUUGGCUCAUUGCAUCGCUCUAGUGCUCUAGUAAUAAAUAAAUAAAUAAACUGAGUAGUAGGGCGGCACGGUGGGCGACUGGUUAGAACAUCAGCCUCACAGUUCUGAGGACCGGGGUUCAAUCCCCGGCCCCGCCUGUGCGGCGUUUGCAUGUUCUCCCCGUGUCUACGUGGGUUUUCUCCGGGCACUCCGGUUUCCUCCCACAUCCCCAAAACAUGCAUUAAUUGGAGACUCUAAAUUGCCCGUAGGUGUGACUGUGAGUGCAAAUGGUUGUUUGUUUGUAUGUGCCCUGCGAUUGGCUGGCAACCAGUUCAGGGUGUACCCCGCCUCCUGCCCGAUGAUAGCUGGGAUAGGCUCCAGCACGCCCGCGACCCUAGUGAGGGGAAGCGGCUCAGAAAAUGGAUGGAUGGAUGAACUGAGUAGUAAUACUCAGGGAUCACUCAGGCCACACAUACAAAGGAAGCAUAGUAAUUAAUAAAUCUUGUGAUAGACGUACUGUGUUUCCUCAUAAUGUGACUGGGCUGCACUUGACUACAGGUAGGGAAAGGUGCCGAUGGGAGCUGACAGGAGGUGAGUUUUUACAAUAAUCCAUCCAUCCAUUUUUAUACUGCUUAUCCAGAUAAGGGUCACAGAUGACCUGAAGCCUACCCCAACUGACUUUGGACAAGCAGUGGAGUACACCCUGGGCUGGCCGCCUGCUAAUCACGAUGGACAUAGAGACAAACAACUAUGUGGCACAAGCCACAACACAGUCGCCACAAAUCAAUCAUGGAGCCGAUAUCAAACACAGUCGCCACAAAUCAAUCUUGGAGCCGAUAUCAAACACAGUCGCCACAAAUCAAUCAUGGAGCCGAUAUCAAACAAUUGAAAAGUGAAAAUAAAUACUAAUAAAUUUGACACUCCAGAGAGAAUUGCGAGUUAGCGACCCUGCCAAAUUUGAAUGAUUAAAAAUCCGCCAAAAUGAGGCUUCAAAAUGGUGAAAAAUCAAGCCGUCGUCUCUCAUCUGAAAUGCUGUAGAACACUGAAUGCGUGAAACCACACCCCGCUGAAAAAAGGAGGCUCCUUCAUCUUCAUUUUUCUCAUGCCUACACAUUCCUACAUGUUUGAGCGGUGAAUAUAUAUCCAUUUAAAGCCUCCAGUGGCUGGAAUAUACAGUAUCCCACAACAAGAGGCUCUAGCUCGUGAGCCAAUAGUCUUCCGGGGCUCAAGUCGGUCUACAGACGAGCGUCGGGCUUGUCCGCGGCAUCGCCUCCUCGCUUGGGAAUUUAUAUGACGACACCGAGCUGUUCUGUCAAUUGGUACAUCCAAGACAGAGACAUUUUGGGGAUGUAGACAUAGCUAGCUAGCUAGCUGAUUGCAUGCUGUAGCAGUAGAGACGGACGGGCCUAGUGAGAAAGCAGCCCAAGCUGACAAUUGCGCGGGUUACCCACCGAUGCGAACAAAGGCACUGAAGUUCUUAUAUAGUGGGUGAGGGAGGACUCGUGCCUGACGCCAAAGUACGUCACUGGGCGCUUUUUUAGCCAUGUCCCACAAAUCAGGAAAACUGAAAUGAUUUCAUGUCAUCAUCCGCAGAGGUUGAAAACAAGUAAUGAGCCGAUUCCACAAAGUAAGGAGUGAAAAGGACAGACAUGCUUAGAAAAGUAGAGAGUAAAAGUAAAAAGUUGCCAGAAAAAUAAGUACUCAAGUAGAGAUACCUGAAAAAUCUACUGAAGUACAGCAACAAAGUAUUUGUACUUUGUUGCUUCCCACCAUUGACUGUACAUGGUGAUGUUAGUGAUUGCGCUUUGAGGGAAGUGUGUAAGCCGAGACACAAACAGGAUAUAACAGUUGUUCAAAGCAGGAACAGGUGGCUGCAGUGUCAUGUUCCCCGCCAGUGGCUUUGUUCCACCACUCCCCCGCUCAACUGUUGUCCUCCUUAAACUCUCACUCGGGGCUCCUUUCACCACAAGAGCGUGACCGAACUCCUCCUUGGACGGUGCUGUUUUCGAGGGGAUGGUGGUUAAAUUUGGGUGCCACACGGAAGGAAACAUGAGGCGGGAACAAGGCUUGAGACUGGCCAGGCGUAGUGGCGUGCCACGGAGCCCUUGCAAGUCUUUUCCAGCACUGGCCUGCCGCAGCUCGUUGAGAUGUAUUCCCCCUGAGCCCGCCGGUGCCUCCGCCUUGGAGCCGGGAUGCCGGUGCAGGCCGCCCAGUGGACGGACUUCCUGUCCUGUCCCAUCUGCUACAACGAGUUCAACAGCAGCGGCCACCAGCCCGUCAGCUUGGGCUGUUCGCACACGGUGUGCCGCACCUGCCUGCACAAGCUGCACCGCAAAGCCUGCCCCUUCGACCAGACGCCCAUCAGCACCGAUAUUGACCUGCUGCCCAUCAACUGUGCCCUGCUGCAGCUGGUCGGAGCUCAGGUUCCAGACGUGCUGCCAGUCAGCCUGAGCAGUGCGACGGAUGUUGGACACUAUGAGGCCUGCAGGGUGUGUGUGGAAGAGCUGGCUCUAUACCUGAAACCAAUUAGCUGCACUAAAGGUGUGGCGCCACCGAGUCCGGGCGCGCUCAGCCGACCCAUGCAGAGGAAGCUGGUGACGCUGGUCAACUGCCAGCUGGUGGAAGAAGAAGGCAGAGUGCGGGCUGUGCGGGCGGGCCGGUCGCUGGGCGAGCGGACGGUCACCGAGCUCAUCCUGCAGCACCAGAACCCCCAGCAGCUGUCCGCCAACCUCUGGGCUGCAGUGAGGGCGCGGGGAUGCCAAUUCCUGGGGCCUGCCAUGCAGGAGGAUGCCCUAAAGCUGGUGCUAUUGGCUCUGGAGGACGGAUCUGCUCUGUCCAGGAAGGUGCUGGUGUUGUUUGUUGUCCAGAAGUUGGAAGGGCGCUUCCCUCAGGCCUCCAAAACAAGCAUAGGGCAUGUGGUGCAGCUCCUCUAUAGGGCCUCCUGCUUCAAGGUGACCAAGCGGGAUGAAGAUUCUUCGCUGAUGCAGCUGAAGGAGGAGUUCCGCACGUACGAGGCUCUCAGGAGAGAACACGACGCCCAGAUUGUGCACAUCGCCAUGGAAGCCGGCCUCCGCAUCUCCCCCGAGCAGUGGUCCUCUCUACUGUACGGGGACCUGGUCCACAAGUCGCACAUGCAGUCCAUCAUUGACAAGUUGCAGUCUCCAGAGUCAUUUGCAAAGAGCAUCCAGGAGCUGACCAUCGUCCUGCAGAGGACAGGAGACCCUGCCAACCUCACGAGCCUCAGAGCUCACCUAGAACUGCUGGCCAACAUAGACCACAAUACCGAUGAUGCAGCACCACCAUGGGAGGAGCUGGAAAAUGUCAUGUUGGCUGUAAAGUUGGUGGUUCAUGGCCUUGUAGAAUUCACCCAAAGCUUCAGCAAGAAGAACCACGAGUCUCCACAGCCUCAGGUCAACAGCAAGUAUAAGACCAGCAUGUGCAGAGAUCUGCGUCAUCAAGGAGGAUGUCCAAGAGGAAGCAACUGCACAUUUGCGCACACACAGGACGAACUUGAGAAAUUUCGUCUGAGGAACAAGAAGAGCGGCAGUGUUAGCCGUGCAUUCCCUUCACCCGGGGGAAAAACCUUCACGGUGGAGGACAGUAUCCAGACUGAUGGGUCUGCAGGAGUUGGAGAGGACACCCUGACAGAGGGCAGCCCUCACCCACAACUCAUUUCCAGAGGAGCUGACACCAUGGAGGGCAUAAAGAGGGUUGUGUCCAGUGAAUCUAUUUGCGCAAGUGGGAACAACGGGCUGAGUGACACCAGUAUGACCUUACUGGGCUCAGCUGAGCAGGAGCCCGUGUCUCCGCCCAGAACUCACGCCAGCCACUCCUCAGCGUUGUCUCCUUUGACCGCCAUGGGACGGGUGACUGAUGGUGGCGGGGGGCCCGUGUCUAAACAUGGUGGUCCCCUCAUGCUGCGAGUGCCUCGACCUUCUCAGCCCUCAGAGCAUUUCUACCAGGAGCAACAAUCUGCGUACGACACAGCCCACCACCAGCCAAACUCAGGUUCCUACUACCCAUCUACUCUCCAUCCUUCACACAAACCCUGCAUGGCUCGCUUUCUCAGAUCUUCCAACGUCCCAGAAUCCUCUCUGCCGCCGUCCUCCUUUCCCAGUGACCCUCAAAUAUCCCAUCAUCCCCCCUCCUCUUGUUCCACGGGAUAUCCACCUCAUCCAACGAGGGACCGCAUGGGACCUCCCAUCUUCCACCACAACCCAGGGCAGCCUCAGUAUGGACCUCUGGCCUCUGCCCAUGGGGUUUAUGCACCUCUCUAUGACAGCAGAAGAGUGUGGAGGCCUCAGCUGUACAAUAGAGAGGAUGCGAGGAGUAAUUCAUUGCCUCCAGAGGUGCUGCAUUCGUCUGUCUACCAGCCUCCACUCAGGGAGAGAUUCAACUCGCUAGACAGCAACUACUACUCUGCCUCAGAGCACCGUACAGCACUGCACAGGGAAUACGGCCACGUUCCUCUGGUCUACGAUGACCUGUUCCGACGUAAGCAAGAACAGUGGGUGCAUCACCACCACCAUCAUCAUCAUCACAGCACCAGAAGGCCCUCCCAGCCCUCUGCUAUCUUCAACAUUGAUUUUGGACCUGAGCAUGUGGAGAGCAGUGCAGGUGCGUGUGUUGGGUGCUGCUUCAGAGGUGAGGAAAGCUUGGCGCACUACACGCCGUGGUCCUGCGCCGCCACCAUCGGGCCCUGUCACAGCCCUUUUGAGCCUGAGGUGCUCACACAAGCUGCGUCUCAAUCUGCCUUGGAGCAGUCGUUUCUUACUAAGCAGUUGGACGGCUGCAGCAGUGGCGGCAGUGGUGUUAGCAGCAACGGCGGUGUUAACAGCGGUGGCGUCACAAAGCGUUGGCUGCACUCGUUAGAUCACUGCAGGCGACUGAAAGAAGAGGACCCCAUCAUUCCCUUCAGCGAGGGACCCAUCAUCUCCAAGUGGGGGGCCAUAUCCAGGGCGUCCCGCUCGGGCUAUCACACCACCGAUCCUGUCCAAGCAACCGCUUGCCAGGGUGGCGCUAGCACCACGCCCAUUAACUUUAAAGAUUACAAUUGCCACUUGGAUCGUGAUGAGUACAGGUGGAGCUCCAGGGGAUCCAACUCUUCCAGCCACUCCAGUUUCCUAGAGAGUGAGCAGCUUUGUCAACAUUCGUCAAGCGAGAAAAUUGCAUGUGAUCUGCAAAUCCACCAGACAGCCUUCAGCCAGGAUCGGCACCUUGAGGAGAGUGAGCCAGGCCCGGAACGGGACAUUGAGCUUGAACUGUGCGCUCUGGACAUAGAGGACUCGAACAUCAAGUCUCAGGGUUCUUUGGACGUGGCCACGCCAUAUUCCGAGGAUGCCUCCCACCUCCUCCCACUCUCCUGCUCCUCUUCACUCCUGUCAUCCCCGCUGGAGGAACAAUACCAUGCUGAGGACCCUUCAACGGCUAAGAUGGACACUUACCUGUUGAAAAAGAUGGCCUUUAGAAAGUCGCUGUCUCCUGUAGGCUUGGUGUCAGGUGGUCUGGCCGUCGGCAAGCUGGUGCUGCGGACCGGAACGCCUCGACCGGGCGGCGACUCCUCUCCAUGCUCUUGUCCCGAAACUCCCGGGGCGGAGAUGCUGCUCAGUGGAAGCUAAGGGAUAUUUCAAAUCUUCACCCUCCACCCACACCUUGUCAUGUAGUGAUGCAGUUUACACACAGUUGAUUCUGUUGUGGUUUAACACAGCAGUCCCCCAUGUUCAGGCCACGUAAAGGCAAGUACUACAAAUUUAUAAGCGUCUGGGUUUUUUUUUGUUUUUUUUUCUUUAUUUGCUAUGAAUUUAUAAUUACCGUGCAUACUUUGUGUAUUGCUUGUGCCUUGGAAAAACAUUGCAUCCCGAAAGUUUUCCCAUCUGUCAUCUAUACAGGCCUUCCAUGUACUAGUGGUUUUAUUUACAGUGGAACCUCCAAAGUCCAACACAAUCAUUUGACUUUCAAGUUGUCCUAAUAUCGAAACAAUUUUGCCAUUGGAAAUAACGCAAAAUGAAAUCAUCUGUUUCAGGCUCAAACUCAAAUUGUGCGAUAAAACUACCGUAAUAUGAAAUAAAAACACUAGGCCUUUGCAGAUUCCUAACAGACACAAUGACAGCGAACAGGUCUAAUUGGGAAGACUUACUUGCGCUCAAAUUGUACUGAGGAGCCAGACCUUUUCUGGUUAUUAUGAAACAUUUUUAAAAGAAAAGCAGCUCACAUCCUGAAGACGCUCACUGAGCUGAUGUCUCACACGAUUUGCUGACUUUUGUUGUUUUUAACUUUUGAGGCAUUUUCAAAGAAAUUUUGGGGUUUUUUAUUCGAACAUUUUGGUUGAACUCUAAAUUCAACCACUUUUGGGGAUUCCACUUUGGACGUUUCACUGUAUCUUAAUGCCACUGCUUUUGCUUUCUAUCUACAGUAUUGUAACGCUGCACGGCACAUUUAGUUUUGCUCUCAGAGAGCGCAGAUCUUUUAGGACCUCAGUAGCUACAAUGAGGAUAAAUGUUUAUCCGUCAUCCUAAAAACAUGCAUGUUAGCGUCACUGAAGACUCUAAAUUGUCCAUAGUUGUGAAUAUGGGUGUGAAUACCAUACGUUCCCUGCGAUAGACUUGCAACCAGUCCAGGGUGUAUCCUUGCCUCUCGCCCAAAGUCAGCUGAGGUACGCUCCAGCUCACCUGCAACCAAAAUGAGGACACGCGGGAUAGAAUACGGAUGGAUGGAUGUCAAACCUUGGUAUUCUGUAUUUAUUUCAUAUUUAUUAUUUUUUCCCCAAUCAAAACCCAUCAGGGAACAUAACAAUUAUAGAGACAUAUGCAUUUUUGUCUGUUAUAUUAAAACUAUGGUAUAUUUAAUUUAAAUGUAUUUUUGGUGAUUUUUCGCAAGUGAAAUUCACCAUAUUUUUCAUGUUCCUCACAUUACUUAACCCUUACAUAUUGCUGGAAUCAAAUUUGACCCAUUUUGACUUUUGACAGCAAUAGAAAAUACCUUAAAUGUCAUUCUUAAGCCAUUACAUUUGAAGACUUUUCCUAAAAUGACCCAAAAUACACAAAAACAAAUACAAUAGUACAAAUUUGACCCGUGUCUACUAAAAGGGAUUUUAGAUUCACCAGCGUGUUAAAUCACAGAAAAUGGUGGUAAUGGUGGGAAAUCUUGAACUUGUUAACCUGUAUUACAUGCCAUAAAUAAACAGUGGUAACAGUUUUCAAGAGGCAGCUUGAAACAGCAUUUAGAAAUUCCUAUGUUCCCGCCACAUUUGCCCAGGUUCCCACAGAAAUGUGCAACUGUUAGUCUCUGAAAGGUCACGGUGAAUCUCAGUGAAAGAGUGAAAGAGUAAAACAGCAUUUUAAGAAUAAUCAUACAGUACAUACCAAACGUAAGCAACAGAAGUCAUACAGAGGGUCAGAGGGUGCCUUGACACAGGCACGAGACCUGCACCUGGAAAAACAAGUACUUGCAAAAAUACACUUUCUAUUUUCUCUCAAACGUUGAUUAAGGAUUAAUCAUUCAUUUAUUAAUGUCAGACAGGCUAUUAAUAUAUUUUGAAAUGAGCUGUAGCCCAUAAUUUGAUAUAGCCCAGUGGUUCUCAAAGUGUGUUUCAAUUGCAGCUCCCUCUAGUGGUAUGUGAAAUAAUCACUGAAUUAAAUGUUUAAACUGCAUAAUGUUACAGUGGCUUAAACGUUUUCUAAAUCCAGUGCAGUACACUUGUUAAGUACAGGUCAGGUGUAUUUGACUUUUAUGUUCAAUAAAUUUGCAUUUCAUCUUUUAAACUGUUUAUUUUCAAACAUUUACUCAGGUACAAUUUCCAUUGAACUUUUUGUGUGCACUACAAUUUGAUUUAAUAGUUAUUUAAGUACAUCCAUCCAUUUUCCUUUCUGCUUAUCCUCACUCAGGUCGCGGGCAUGCUGGAGCUUAUCCCAGCUGACUCUGGGAGAGAGGCGGGGUACACCCUGAACCGGUUGCCAGCCAAUCACAGGGAACACAUAAACAACCAUUCGCAUUUAAGUAAAUUUGUUCCUAUAUUUAAGCACAGUGUUCAUGGUAAAACUGUGCAAAAUGUUACAGUGGCUUGCAAUAAUGCAAAAUAUCCUUUUUAGGUAUAACACCCUUCUGUUUUUUUUAUGAAUGCUCACACUACUGUAUUUUAAUGUUGGUAGUGAUGGUAGUAUUUGUAGAGCCAUGUAUUUUUUGAGGUACUACUUUCUGUAAAAAGUUGAAGGACCACAGAUAUAUAGACAAUUACGAGGAGGCUCUUGGCCGGUAUAACUAGUAUAUAGUAUAUAGUAUAACUUAAUUCUAAUUGUGCUUCCUUCCACUUAAGUUUUGCAAUGCAGAAAUAUCGGGAAACAAUGAAGACAUAUGAUUAUGCCAUCAAGGUCCAUAUUUCAAACAAACAUGAUGCAACACAUUUGGUGGUUAGGGUUGAAAUCUCAACCCCAGCAGCAGUGGACAACAAAUGUCUUCUCUAUGCCAAUACUCAAAAGUGUCUGAUAACUGUGUCAUAUGAUGCUUUGAACCAGGCGCCACCAAUGAAAAGCCAACGGCACGUUCAUGAGAUCCCAUUCCACAAUGGUUAGUCAUGGUUUGUGUGGUUAGUCAUUGCUGCAAUCGACACCAGAAUUGAAAUGUAAUCAAGGAAAUUAAGGGUGGAGAUCCUUGGUGUUGUAUAUGACAGACUUGAAGGGGUGGUGAACAAAGGCCCGUGGGCAAUUCUAAAUACAAACAACCUCAGAGGCACGGUUCUGAAAAAAGCCCUGAAAAAAAAUGUAACCCACCUGAACGGAUCCUUGUGUUUACUUGUGCUCCGUCCGUGUUUUGUUUGUGCAUUUCGUGCACCGCUAACUUCUGUGAAGUUGUUUGUCCGAGUAUUUUGUAUCAGGACUGCAGUCACUAUGUUCGAUUUAAUAGCGGUCAUGGUGUCUUAAAUAUUUGCCGGUCAUCCGAUCUGCUUUAGUCAGUAAUAUGCUGUAACCCUCCAUGAUAGAACACAUUGGUUCUUCGUGGUUGAUGCGCAUACAUCCUCUCUAUGUAUGCAUAUAAGAGUCAUAUUUCGUCAUGGAAUAUGAAAACAGCUUGGGAAACUAAUAUUUUGUACGUUUUUGUAUGUCUGGGAAGUUCAGCUCUGUGAGCCACUGUUGCAUUUGUUUACAACGCUAUCCUGUGUACUGAGCAGUAGUCUAUACACUGUAAUCCAUGUAAAUAUCAUCAUUAAAUCUUCAUCAACUCAUUUAAUGAAUGAUUUGCAAGAACUCUUGAGAUUAUCUUCCUGUUGUCAAGUUUAGCUAGAGGUUUCCUCAGGGGGAAAUUGUGUUGCUUUACUAUUACAGUCAUGAUGUUAAAUAUUCUGUGGAAGUACCAUAUUUCCUCAGAGUACCCAUGGGAAUUUUUCCUCAACAGCAGAGUACCAGGUGUCUAUUGGGGCAAGUGUGUUUAUUAACAGGGAGACCUCUAUUCAUACAACACGUUUCUAAUAUUUUAUUUGAAUACUUAUUCACAAAUAAUAAAUGAACAAAUAAUAAUGAAAUGAAAUGUAAAAAUGUGUAAUUAGUGUUUUUUUUAACGAUAGGAAUAUAAUUCAUGUUAUUUAAAAAUUGGAAAAUAAUUGUUUUCUCCAAUCCCUGAUUUUUUUUUCUCACAUCAUUGUUGAAAUGAUUACCAACUUUUACUUUGAUAAGAUCAAUGCUGCUCCACUUUCUUUCAACUGCACCUUAGCGACACCUUUACAGAUGCCACAUCUAACAUGGCACAUGGUGAUAUCAGUCGUAGUAAAAUAAAUUACAGUCAACUAGUGGUACCGACCUACUGUUGUUGUUUUUUUUCGAUAAAUAGUUUAUUUCAAGGGUGAGAAACGUAUGGUCCGACUGGUUCUUUAAUCAGGCCCGCCGAGCAUUUACAUUAUCAAGAGUACUGUAAUAUUUUUGUGUUUUCUUGGUUUUUAUUUAUUUAUUUAGUCAUAAAUAAUGAGUUAGUUGAUUUAUUUUAACUAACACAAUAGCAUUGAAUAUUAAUAUAAGAAUAUUAGUAGAAGAAAAAGUACAUUUACUGUAGAUUUUACUUUUGAUUAAUUGGUUAGUUAAUUAUAAUUACAUUCAUAAUAAAAAUACAAUUAAAAUGAAAAUUAAUUAAUUAUUUAAUAAUAAAAAAAACAAAUUUGCACACACAGUUUAACUAUUUUCUUUAUCUCGUCUAUGAAUGACCUGGCCCAUGUGUGUCCCUUUUACAAAAUCUAACGGGGCCCUUGAGCACAAGUACUUAGCCACUCAGAUUUAUUUGUCCAAGUGAACGACAUACCGCUCUUUGAGGAAAUACUGUGUUUUCAUGACAGAUAUUUUUUUGCCUGUUUUACUUCUCAGUGUCAUUGAUGACUUUGUUUUGGGGUUUUUUUUUUGACAGUGCUGCAUUUUAAACAUGGCUUUAAGAGUCUGUGGUUCACAGAUGUAGUGCCUAAUGCGCUGCACUACUUCCUUGCCCUUUCACUUCCAGUCGAUGCAGUGCAGGCACUUUCCUUCAAACGCCCCCGGCAUCAUCCUGCAUUCAUUCUUUGUCAUGCAUGCAGUAUACAGUAUUGUGGCUCUUGUGAUGGCAGAGCAGUAUCAAUGUAGUUGUGAUACAACACACACACACACAAGCACGCAAACACAGACACACACGCGCACACACACAACUCGCUGUAAGAGUUCUGCACAUGCCCACUGUGUGGCCACAUCAGGUGGAGAAGUUUUCUCGCUGCUUGUUUGCUCAAUGACACUGGUUAUUAUUAAUAUUAUUAUUAUUGGUUGUUGUGAUUGUAUGCUUUGUUUGAUUCUAAUAAUUUGUGUCUCUUAACUCUUGAUGUAUGGGGUGAAAGCCUGUUCGUUCAUUGUGAAACAUAAACAAAUGAGCUGAAGUUUUUCUUUUACUCAUGUCUGUAUUAAGACGCUUUAUUCGCAAAUCUGUUGUUUAAUCGAAACUAUUGAAGACAUGGUACACAUCAGUCAUUUGAUGGAUUUAUAGGCUUAUUUAUAUAACCCGAUCAAAUUUGGUUGAAUUUUAAAGUUAUUGGGACAAUUGUGUAAUGUUUCAGAAGGAAGAAAAUAAAAAUCCUUUAGAGACAGCAUAAUGUAUCAUGUCCCCUCAUUGAAAUAAUACAGUUAUGUAUUCCAUUUAUUUCCUUGGAAAUGUCACUGUGUGAAAGGUUUCCCUUUUACCAUAGACAAAUGCUUGGCUUGACUAAAGUCCAUGUGUAUAUGAAGAUGGACUUUUAAAUCAUUCAUUUCUAUAGCUAUUGAGUGAGCAGCUGACUAUUGUGUGUGUGAGUGUGUAUGUUUUCUUGUAUUUUUAUUGCAUAACACACUGAUGUUAAGCAACAAAGUAGAAAAGUACUUCUGUGUUGAACUGUGAGAUGAGACUGGAUGCAUGCAACAAUAAAGCGACAGUAAAGUUCA